AUGCUCCCUCUCAACAACACCGACUACUUCACGAUUACACCUGCUCGACACUUCAGUCACUUCUCGGACGAAACGCCCUGCUGCUCACCUACGUUCAGUAGUCCAGAGGAACAGCCAGUAGCAGACCCUGCAAACCCAUUGCUUGCAUAUCGCGAGUCAUAUCUGCCAACCAUACCUCAACCAGCGAACGUCAUGCAAGUGCAGACAUCAGCCGCACACGGGCAAACACCGAGCAGGCCUCGUCCAACUCCGGUCCAGCAAAACGUACUCUACGUCAGCGAUUCAGACUCUGGCAGUGACUCGAACUCCUCCAUGGGUUCGGGCAUGAUGUCUCCGCCCGAGCUCGCAAGAUGCUCGAGGUGUCAGCGUACACCUAGCCUCGACCUCAAUACUCGCAGGAGCAACAUGGUCCAAUAUGGUCUCAACCUUUGGUACUGCACUCGUUGUGCAGGCAUGGUUGGCAUGACGAACCGCUGA